AUGAAUAAGGGAAUGUUUGACACUGUCAAAUUUCUGUUGGAUUUCUUGGAACAGACAACACAAACACAAACACAAACACACACAAACACAAACACAAGGAAAACCAUGGGACAGCAAGAACAGCCGGGGGAAGAACAACAGGAACCAUUAGAGUACCCGCAAGUUUCCAUCCUUUACUGCAUCAAGUGCAACUGGGUUCUUAGGGCUUCUUGGUACCAGCAGGAACUUCUACAGACAUUCACGGCAAAGGCGUCGACAGCAGAAGAAGCAGUCAUCAGAUCGGUUACGUUGACGCCAUCAUAUGUCCCUGGGACGUUCAAGGUAUUUGUGAAAAGGGCUACCGGUGAAGGUUGGGUUAUAGUUUGGGACAGAAAGGCAAAUGGAGGGUUCCCUGAAGCCAAGGUGCUCAAACAGGUCAUUAGGAACGAGCUCUCACCAGAGACAAAUUUAGGGCAUUCCGAUAAGUCUUCAACGAGGGGCGUCUUGCUGUCGUCCCUACCAGGCAACCGAGCGGGUGAUACUAAUGACGGGACCCGGGUACCUUCUCCAAGAGAAGGUGUGCCCAUUACGUACGUCCCUAGUGAUUCCGAGGUACAGUCGUAUGGUUCUCCAAGGUUAGCAAGUGAACACAAGACCUUCUGCGAGGAAUGCAUUGAACAUCUACCGCCAACAUGGGAAAUGUAG